UUCUACCAUAUAUUUCUCUUUAUGUAUUUGUAAAAGUACUUAAUAAUUUUAAGACCAUCGUAGUACGCAAGAAUUUUAUAGCAUGAUCAUAAAAGUACUGCAAUGUAUAAAUAAUGAACAGUUACGCUUCCCCAUUCCGCCCCUUCGAAAGAGCAUGUGUGCAACUAGUAAACGUAAAGUACCCCUGUUGAUCCCCCCGCGAACCACCCCAGGUGCGUCCACGCGGCACGCGCCAUUCCCGUCGCGGCCGGCGCCCGGACGCCACCUAAACAUUACAUUAGGAUUUCUUAGUACAGUUAUUUUAAGUACGUGAUCCCAUCAUCCAAAGAAUCCGAGACUAAUUUAACACAAACAGUUAUAACAUGUGAAAACUGCAACUCAUUCCUACGAAAUGAGUUCGAUCGGCGUCGUUGUCUUCCGAAACUCCCCACUUGGCAAGUCGCAGGUGCUACAGGAAUCCGUGAAUAAUUCAGUGAACAUAACAAAUAACGACACCAAAGUUAGACGUGAAAUUAUUAUUGUGAGGAAGAAGCCAAAAAUUCAGUCUCCACCCGCAACGGUAUCUGUCACUUCUCUGGUUCGAGCUACUGACCCAAUUUCUGCCAGUACAAUUGCAAAAAAAUCAAGGCUUCGUGAAAAUAUUGUUGAAGAAACUGCUAGAACACCAACACCUUUGGCCGUAGCAAGAAGAAAUGCUCGAGAAAGGAACAGAGUACGUCAAGUGAAUGAUGGUUUUGCUGCUUUACGUCGACAUAUACCAGAUGAAGUAGCUGCUGCCUUUGAAAAUGCAAAUUCGAACAGAGGACCUAAUAAGAAGCUUAGCAAAGUAGAAACGUUGCGUAUGGCUGUGGAAUAUAUCCGAAAUCUAGAAAGUUUAUUGAACAUCGGUCAUGCAGAUAAAGAAAAUGGAGGUCGUCCAUCCAUGGAGUCAUUCCCAUCCCCAGCAUCUUCUUCGCCAAGAGAUAAUAGUCAAGAAAGAAAUUAUUUCUCAAUGAACUCUCCUGCCCUCGAUGACGAUGACGUCGAUGAAGAUGAGUUAGACGGAACAUUACAACAACUACCUCAACAACAAUACGUAGAGUUACCAGCACCAGAAAACUUUCAACUAGUUUCUACGCCACAUUUAUAUGAAGAAGAAGAAGGAGCAGGACACCCUCUGACUCCUUCAUCUGAUUUGCUUGGUCAAGAAGAUGUAAACUCUCAUCUUUUGGAGGGACACUUUCCAUUUCCGAAUUCAGCAGAACAAUUCACAGUAAUACCUGAGCAAAAUUAUUUAGAAGAAACUGAUAUGACAGUAACCGACAGUAAUUUUGAAGUAAAAUACACAGAUUCUAUCCAUCAACAAAUGCAUCAUAGUUUUAGUGACGAUUCAGCGUUGCCUUUAGAAAUAAUUAACCCAGAUCUUCUUUUGUCUCAUAACCAGUACAAAUUUAAAGAAGAAGAAGAGGAGUUUAUAGAUGACAAUCAAAGAUAUGAUGAUAUGGAAUUGAAAAAAGAGCUCCCAGAUAUACAAGUGACACCAGAAGAUAGAGAACAAUUCGAAGAAACUUUAAAGUGGUGGCAAGAGAAAACAAAAGCCCGUCCCAUAACAAAAUUUAAGAACUGCAAUUAACGUCGGAUGUAAUAGAUUUAAAUUAACAAUUAGUUGAAUAUAAUGUUAUUUAUUGUGAUGUAAUGUAACUAUGUAAUUACAAUAGGUAGUCGAUACAUACAGCUGUAAGUGCCAAAGUGGACUGUUGGCGCGGGCGCAAGGUGUUCUAUAACGGUCAGUAGAAUAAUAAAGCCUGCGUGUUUACAAGGUUUUUAUAUCAUGAUCGUGAAGUUCCAACUACGCAUGAAAUGUCAGUUGAUUAGUGUAACCUUUUAGAAACAUUUCCCUAUAUAGAUUAUUAAUGCUAAACACUUUAUUGUAAAUGAGAAAGCUUAUAUAAAUUAUUUUUCGUACUUGUUAAUUAUGACUUGCACUACCGAUAGAUUAGAUAAUUAAUAAUUAAAUAAUCUAAUGCCAUAAAAAUAAUUUAUGUUGUAAAUAAUUCAUUCAAAAGGGCACCUAAACAUUAUACAAAUGGAUGUAAUUAUUACACAUAGUGCCUUAGACAAUAACGAUAUUGU